GAGACAAGUCGCUCGCACAAACCAUCGCCUCCUAGCCCAGUAACCCUAAAGCCUCCGUUCCAUGGCGUCCUCCUCCCCCCCGCCGCCGCCACCGCCGAAGCUGCCGAUCCCCGGUCGCCGCAACAUACUCAUUACCAGUGCGUUGCCAUAUGUCAACAACGUCCCCCACCUCGGGAACAUCAUCGGCUGUGUGCUCAGCGCCGAUGUGUUCGCGCGGUACUGCCGGCUGCGGGGGUACAACGCGAUUUACAUAUGCGGGACUGACGAGUAUGGUACGGCCACCGAGACGAAGGCCAUGGAGGAGAAAUGCACGCCCAAGGAGAUCUGCGACAAGUAUCAUGCUAUCCAUAAUGAGGUUUACAAGUGGUUUGACAUAAAAUUUGACAAGUUUGGGCGGACGUCCUCUCCUGAGCAGACAGAAGUCUGCCAUGCAAUUUUCCAUAAAUUGAUGGAAAACAAUUGGCUUACUGAAAAUACCAUGCAGCAGCUUUACUGUGAUAUGUGUCAAAGAUUUUUAGCUGAUCGUCUUGUGGAAGGAAUAUGCCCAAACAAAGUCUGUAAUGCAGCGGCACGAGGUGAUCAGUGUGAAGUGUGCACCACAAUGUUGAAUCCAACUGAACUUAUUGACCCAAAGUGUAAGGUCUGUAAGAAUACUCCACGUAUUCGUGAUACAGAUCACUUAUUCUUGGAGCUUCCUCUAUUGAGAGACAAGUUGGUAAACUAUAUCAAUGAAACUUCAGUAGCUGGUUCGUGGAGUCAAAAUGCCAUUCAAGCAACAAAUGCAUGGCUGAAGGAAGGGCUAAAGUCGCGCUGUAUCACCAGAGAUCUUAAAUGGGGAGUUCCUGUCCCACAUGAGAAGUAUAAAGACAAGGUGUUCUAUGUUUGGUUUGAUGCACCUAUUGGCUAUGUGUCUAUUACGGCAUCAUAUACACCUGAUUGGGAGAAGUGGUGGAAGAAUCCUGAUAAUGUAGAAUUGUUCCAGUUCAUGGGCAAAGAUAAUGUGCCAUUUCACACGAUCAUGUUCCCUUCAACACUACUUGGAACUGGUGAAAAUUGGACAAUGAUGAAGACAAUAAGUGUUACUGAAUAUUUAAAUUAUGAAGCAGGAAAAUUCUCCAAGAGUAAAGGUAUAGGAGUCUUUGGUAAUGAUGCAAAGGACACAUAUAUUCCUCCUGAAGUGUGGCGAUACUACCUGCUUAUGAAUCGCCCUGAGGUAUCAGACACACUCUUUACUUGGGCCGAUUUGCAAGCCAAAUUGAACAGCGAGUUACUGAACAACUUGGGGAACUUCAUCAAUCGUGUGCUAAGCUUUGUUGCAAAACGAGCUGGAGCUGGAUAUGAUUCUAUUGUACCUGAAGCUCCUCAUGCUGAGUCACAUCCAUUGACGAAGGCGCUUGCGGAAAAAACUAGCAAAUGGGUUGAGCAAUAUCUAGAUGCAAUGGAAAAGGUUAAACUGAAACAAGGACUGAAGAGUGCUAUGGGCAUAUCUAGUGAUGGAAAUGCGUAUCUGCAAGAGAGCCAAUUUUGGAAACUUUACAAGGAAGAUCCAGCAAACUGUGCCAUUGUGAUGAAAACUUCAGUUGGUCUUGUCUAUCUCCUUGCCUGUUUGCUGGAGCCUUUCAUGCCCUCUUUUUCUAAUGAAGUGUUGAGUCAGUUAAACUUGUCCCCAGAAGAUCUGUCAUUCAGUGAAGAGAAAGGAGAAAUUGUAAAGGCAAAAACUCCUUGGAAUUUUGUACCAGCAGGGCACAAAAUAGGAAAGCCUGCACCUCUAUUCAAGGAAUUGAAAAAUGAAGAAGUAGAUGCCCAUAGGAAAAAAUAUGCGGGCAGUCAAGCUGAGAGGAGCUUAAAAGUGGCAGCUGUCGCUGAAGCCAACAAAGUUGCUAACCAGCUCAAGGGCACAAAAUUAUCUGAGGGAGGUCCAAAAAAGGAACAAAAGAAACAAUCUUGUGGUUCAAAAUCAAAGACGACAGCUGCAGAUGUUUCAGUUGCAAAGUUGGAUAUUCGGGUGGGACUUAUCAGAAAAGCAGAGAAGCAUCCAGAUGCCGAUUCCCUUUACGUAGAGGAGAUCGAUGUUGGAGAGGAGGCACCAAGAACAGUGGUUAGCGGCCUUGUCAAAUUCAUUUCUCUUGAAGAGAUGCAGAACCGGAAAGUAUGCGUUCUCUGCAAUCUGAAACCGGUGGCAAUGCGCGGUAUAAAAUCACAUGCAAUGGUUUUGGCUGCAUCAAAUGAGGACCAUACGAAGGUUGAGCUGGUUGAGCCACCAGAGUCUGCUGCCGUGGGGGAGCGGGUCAGCUUUGCUGGGUACUCGGGAGAGCCUGAGGCUUCUCUUAGUGGCAAGAGCAAGACGUGGGAGAAGUUGGCCGCUGAUCUGCACAGUAACGGCGAGCUUGUGGCGUGCUACAAGGAUGUGCCGUUCACAACUUCGGCUGGAGUGUGCAAGGUCAAGACAAUAGCAAACGGAGAAAUUCGCUAGACACAUUGCCAAACGGCGGCUAGCUGAUCGGAUCUGUCUGAUUUCAUUGAAAGUAGUAUUGCUGAUUUCUUUUCCGAAAAUUUUGAUCUUUCCAUUUGACGAGUUGUAUUUUGAGAAAAUCCAGUACAACUACUCCAAACCAUUGUGAUUUAAAAGAAUGCCAUUUGGGUUUCCUUUCUUGAUUUUCA